AUGUCCGCGACCACCGAUGAGAUCAUCGAGAAGAUGAAGACCCUCACCCUCCUCGAGGCCUCCGAGCUCGUCAAGCAGAUCGAGGAGACCUUCGGCGUCGACGCCUCCGCCCCCGCGGGCGGCAUGGUCAUGGCCGCCGGCCCCGCCGCGGCUGCUGAGGAGGCUGCGGAGAAGACCGAGUUUGACCUCGUCAUCACCGACGUCGACGCCUCCAAGCGCAUCGCGAUCAUCAAGGUUGUCCGCGGUCUCACCUCCCUCGGCCUCAAGGAGGCGAAGGAUGCCGUCACCAACCUCCCCUUCACCAUCCUCGAGGGCAAGACCAAGGGCGAGGUCGAGGAGGCCAUGAAGGAGCUCGAGGCUGGCGGUGCUAAGUGCGAGAUGAAGUAA